AUGCCGCUCUUUGGAAAGCACAAGCACCAAGACAAGGCCGCGGCUCGUGAAGCCCGUCACGAACCCCAGCAGGGCACGAAUCUCGCCGGUGACCAGCCAACGAAUGCCCCUGGUCAGAACUACGGCACAAACUCCGCCCACCAUGGGGUCCAUCCCCAAGGCCAGCAAGGGUUUGAUUCUGUUCGCCAGGGCGCGAACCCCGGCAUGACCGGCGCUGGCCAGAACCAGCCCGUCUCGGGCAACCAAGCAGGCAUCGGUGCCGGCGUGAAUGCGUCCGGCAACGGUGUCCCUCCCGCCUCGCAUAUCAACACGUCCAACCAGACUUCCGGCAGGGGCACGCACCGUCUCGAGGGUAAGGCCGAGAAGGCGGUGGGCUCGCUCGUCGGCAGCCAGGCGCUCAAGGAGCGUGGCUUCCAGAAGGAGCAGGAGGCGGGCGCGUUCAAGACGCAGAGCGCGGAACUCGCGGAGGCGGAGCGCCUCGAGAAGGAGGCCCUCAUGCGCCGUGAGCGUGCUGUUGCACAUGGUGCGCACCCCGCCAACAUGCACCUCGGCGGCCUGCAGAACGCGAACACCUUGUCUGACGUCACUGGUAACACCGGUAGUGGAGGUACCGAUGUCCAGUACGGCUCUGGCGGGUACUAA